AUGGUUUCCUCAACGCGGGCGUACAACUGGUACGUGUGCAUGGUGGCUGCCAUGGCCAUGGUGCUCUACGGAUACGAUGCGUCGGUCUUCAACAGCGUCCAGGGCAGUGACCACUGGCUCGAGUGGUUUGAUCUCAACUCGGCUACCGACGCGUACAUGAUUGGUCUGAUCAAUACGGCUUACACCAUCGGAGCCAUCAUAUCUGGAUUCUUUAUUGGUGGCCCGGCCGCCGACUACUUUGGUCGACGAUGGGCCAUCUUUGGCGGGUGCGCCACCACGGUGGUGGCUACAUUCAUGCAGGCUUUUGCUCCGUACCACAACAUCGGGGUGUUUAUCGCUGGGCGUGUGGUUAUUGGUCUUGGACAAGGUAAUCUAAUACAUGACACUAUUUCCAUAGCUGCUGGCCCCGUCUACAUCAACGAGAUGGCGCCUGCUGAGAUUCGUGGAGUUGUCAUGACCUUUUGGCAGCUCUUCUACAGCGUCGGAUCCUUCAUCUGCUUCUGGACCAACUACGCCUGCUCGCAGAACCGCACCAGCCUUGGCCACUGGGACUGGCGCACCGUGGUGAUCCUCCAGGCGCUGGUGCCCGUCAUCAUCAUGGCGCUGAUCCCUUGGAUCCCCGAGUCGCCGCGCUGGCACAUUCAGCGGCACGGCGACGUCGAGGGCGCGCGGGCGGCGCUGCGCAAGGUUCGCGAGACGGAGGAGGAGGUCGAGGUCGAGGUGGCGACCAUCCGCGAGGCCAUCGAGUACGAGAAGGAACUCUCGCAGGGCUCGUCGUACAAGGCCUUGUUCAGGGAUGCUUCCGUCAGGAAGAGGCUCUACCUUGCCAUGGUUCUCAACGUUGGACAGCAGCUCACCGGCCAAGGCACGCUCAACAGCUACAGCACGGCCAUCUACAAAAAGGUGUGGCCCGACGUCACCACCAUCAACCUGAUCAACGCGCUCAACGCGACGUUUGGCAUCAUCUUCACGCUCAACGCCGCCUGGACGGCCGACCGCUUCGGGCGCCGCUGGCUGUUCAUCGUCGGCGCCAUCGGCAUGAGCCUGUGCAUGCUCGCCGUGCCCGUCGUGGGGCUCGCCACGCCGGACAUUGACGGCGGGCGCAAGACGCAGCCCGUCGGCAUCGCCAUCGUCUUCCUGCUCUUCAUGUUUGCGCUCUUUUACAAGCCCAGCUGGGGCGCCACCACCUGGAUCUGGACCGCCGAGGUCUUUUCCAUGAACGUGCGCGCCCAGGCCGUUGGCAUGUGCUCGCAGAUGCAGAACGUGGCCAACACCAUCUUUCAGCAGUUCUUUCCCAAGUUUCUGCAGGACACCGGCCUCAAGUGUCUCUUCUUCUUCAUGGCCAUCAACAUCGUCCUUGCCGUCUUUGUAUACUUCCUGAUCCCCGAGACCAAAAAGGUUCCCCUCGAGGAGAUGGACGUGCUCUUUGGCGGCGUCAACCACGUCGACCAGGGCGCCGAGAAGCUUGGUCUCGACGACAACAAGGCCGUCACCACCGUCCAGAUGGACGAGGAGACUGCCGGCAGUGCCACCCCAACGGGCGACCGUACCCCCCACCGGACUGAUUCAGGAUUGUAUACGUUAGGGCUGUGUUAA